CCACCACACCCAAAACCACCAAAGUGCACACCGUCGCAAUGUGAACCCUCACUGUUUGAUCAACCCCAUUGCCAGAACCGUAAUAACAAGAGAAUGACUACGACACACCCGGGCACUGCCCUGAUCACCGGUGCUGCCUCAGGAAUUGGGAAAGCAACCGCCUUCGCCUUCGCAAAAGCCGGUGCCAAUCUCGCACUCGCAGACUACAACCUCGACCUUCUAUGCCAGACCGCUGAGUCGAUCCACUCCGCAUACCCCUCAUCACAGAUUCUCACCCUCCAAGUUGACAUCGCAUCCGAAGACGCAAUUCGCUCCAUGAUAACCCAGACUGUAGCAAAAUACAGCACGAUUGAUUAUGCGAUUAACAAUGCCGGUCGUGGGGGUCAGGCAGGCACCUCCCACGCACUGUCCUCCUCCGAUUUCGAUAGUUUGAACGCUGUCAACUAUCGCGGAACCUGGCUGUGCGUGAAAUACGAGAUCGAGCAAAUGCUAAAACAGCCCAUUCGAUCAGUGCCCGGCGGCUCAGGCGACGAACGUAGAGCGGUGCGUGGCUCAAUCGUUAAUGUCGCCUCUCAACUUGGUCUCGUCGGCCGCUCCUCUGCACCGAUUUACGUCGCUUCCAAACAUGCCGUAAUUGGUUUCACGAAAUGUGACGCGAUCGACUACGCGAAAGACAAGAUCCGGAUUAACUGCGUUUGUCCUGGCGUUGUUGAGACGCCUAUGACGGAGGGUGCAUUUGAGGAUGCGGUGAGUAUUACGCCUAUGGGGAGGAAGGGAUUGCCGGAGGAGAUUGCGGAUGCGGUGGUGUUUUUGAGUGGAGAGAGUGGGAGCUUUUGUUGUGGCAGUGCGUUGGUUGUUGAUGGAGGGUAUGUUAUCAAUUGA